UUCGCUCUUUCUUUCUCUCUUUUCUUUUCUUUCCAAAAUCUACAUAUAUAUAUAUAAAAUAUUUUAAUAAUAAUGCCAGAGUUUAUCGGUGCUGUAGACCAAGGAACCACUUCUUCACGAUUUUUGAUAUUUGAUAAACAAGGCAACUUAAUAACACACCAUCAAAUUGAAUUAGAGCAAGAAUAUCCUCGUCCAGGAUGGGUAGAACAUGACCCUUACAAAAUACUUGAGUCAGUAUUGACCUGUAUAGAAAAUACCAUUGCCAGGUUUGAAUUGAUGGGGCACAAGAUUAGCGACAUUAAAGCAAUUGGAAUCACUAAUCAACGCGAGACAACAUUAAUGUGGGAUCGAAAGACCGGAAAGCCAUUACACAAUGCAAUUGUCUGGAGUGAUGUCAGAACUGACGAACUCGUGCACCAACUAAAGAAACGACCGGAUUCUGAUAUAGUUGUCGAUCGUUGUGGACUAGAAAUCACAUCCUAUUUUUCGGCUGUCAAGCUAGCCUGGUUAUUAAAAAACGACAAAAAUGUUGCCGAGGCUGCAAAGGAAAAGAGGGCAGCAUUUGGUACUGUCGACAGCUGGCUGCUCUACAACCUUUCGGGUGGUGCAGACGGUGGCUCUCACUGCACUGAUGUGACCAAUGCUAGCCGGACCUUGCUGAUGAAUCUCAAGAGUCUAAAGUGGGAUCCUGAGCUCCUAAAGUUCUUUGACAUCCCUGAUCAUGUACUGCCAUCCCUGGUGUCCUCUUCAGAAAAGUACGGCGAGGUUCAUAAAGGAGUCCUCAAGGGUGUUCCGAUCACCAGCUGUAUGGGAGAUCAGCAGGCAGCUUUGUUGGGCCAAAAGUGUUUUGACAAAGGAGAUGCCAAGAGCACGUUUGGAACAGGUGCUUUUAUGCUUUUUAACACCGGAACGACGGCAGUCAAAUCUUCACAUGGGCUUAUUACGACGGUUGCCUUUCAACUGGGAAGGAAUGCAAAACCCAAUUAUGCACUAGAGGGAUCUGUGGCUGUUGCAGGCUCGUCAUUACGAUGGCUACGAGACAAUUUGCGUUUGAUUGAUUCCAUGGAACAAGUUAGUGAAUUAGCAUCCCGUGUACAGGAUACUGGAGGAGUGUACUUUGUAACUGCAUUUUCUGGGCUGUUCGCUCCUUACUGGCGAGAUGAUGCGAGGGGCACUAUGGUUGGACUGACUAGUUAUACGAACAAAUAUCACCUGGCGCGUGCAACGUUUGAGUCAAUGUCAUUCCAGACCCGGGCUAUUCUGGAGAGUAUGAAUCUCGAUGCAACUGUGCCUCUCAAGGUACUCAAGGUUGAUGGCGGAGUCUCCAACUCAGACGUUGCUAUGCAGAUCCAGGCCGAUUUGCUUGGGAUUGAGGUCCACCGACCUGCCAUGCGAGAGACGACUGCACUAGGAGUAGCAAUUGCGGCUGGAUUGGCAGUCGGUGUCUGGAAAGGUGUUCAUGAAUUGGAUCAAGUCAAUCAAAAGGGAACAACGGUCUUUGUGCCUCACUUGGACAAGGAAGCCAGAGAAGAGAAAUACCAAGCCUGGAGAAGAGCUGUAGAAGCGUCUUAUAACUGGACAGAUGUAGAAUGUUGAAAUAUAAAUAUAUAUGAAAAAGAAGAAGAAAUAUAUAUAUACAUACAAGCUGUAUGUAAUGUGUAUGUAAUGUAUAUGUGUAUGUGUGUGUGUGUUUUUUUUUAGAUAUUUUCUUAUAUUUUAUAUAUAUAUAUUUGUUAUUAUUGAU